GGUGGAUGGAGGGGAAGGCGGAGAACCUGUUGAAAACGGUCAUGACUGAGCUUGGAGGGGGUUGGGAGACUUGGACGAGGUGGCCGGUGGAGAGGGUUUUGGAAGGGAAUGGAGCGCUGCCUGGGUUGGUGUAUCGGGCCUGGAUUUGAGACGGCUCAACUUCAGCGAAUGGGCGGGAUUGUGGCUGCGUCUCGGUUGCGAAGAACAAGCACACUUGUCGGACCCUUCUCACAAAUCACCCCCGCACUUCUUUUCCUUCCACGCCCAAUUCAACUAUUGAUCACGACACGCGCGACUCACAAUCAUCAAUCGCCAGCUUCCUCCCGCUCUCGCGAUGGAUCCAGCAUUUGUGGACGUCGUGAACAGAUUCGGCCUCCAACUUCAAGCCCUCACUUUGGACCCUGAAAAACCCACCGGGCUCUGUGCUAUGAACAUCUACCACUGCCUGUCCAUGGUCGCAGCCGGCUCGAAAGACAACAACCUCGCAGCGUUCUGUCAAACCUUGGGUUUCGACGCCGAUGGUCUGAAGGCAAUGGUGGACAAGACUGUUCAGCUGGACGCCUACUCCAAAAAGAAUACUGCCGUGGACUUGAGCAGCGGCAGCUCGAUUUGGCAUCGCGACGAUUUCAUCCUCGAGAAACCGUGGCUGGAAACCAUCCAAAACACAUUCGGAGCGACCAUUGGGCCGCUGGAAAUCAAACCUAUCAACGACUUCAUCUACCGUGAGACGAGAGGGAAGUUCAAGGACUUGAUCAAAGAUCGUGAUUUGGCCGGUGCCGUAUUGAUGCUCAUCACAUGUUUGUACUUCAAAGCAAAGUGGCAGAAUCCAUUUGAGAAAUGGAGAACGAUGGACAAGAGCGUUUUCCACACUUGGGAGGGGAAGACGCAGGCGUGCGCAAUGAUGAACAAGGUGGAAAGGAUGGAAUAUGCCGAGGAUAAGGAGAUGCAAGCUUGCUUUCUGCCGUAUGACAGUGAGGCGGGGAGCUCUGGGCCAGAGUGGAAGGCAGCUGUUAUCCUCCCGAAACGUUACGGAAUGGACGCCAUGCGGGAUAUUCUGAGGAGCUUCUCCAAAAGUCCUGACCUUCUCUUGGCCCUUCUCAAGGGCGGUGGCGGUGGUCAGGCUGCCGCAUCUUCAUCUUCACGCCCCUCUAUGUCCACUUCGUCUCCCCACCCAUCUGCAGCAGCACGUACACAGAAGAUCUCUCUCAGCUUGCCCCGCUUCGCUCUAAGGCUCAACCUCGAUUUGAUUCCCGCUCUCAAGACACUUGGACUCGGGCCUGCCUUCGUGGCUUCGGAACACUUUGCGCCAAUCAGCACCGGGCCUUUGAGGAUCAGUCGGGUGACGCAUGAUCUCUUCCUUGAGGUCAACGAGGAGGGCACUGAGAUGGCAGCGGUUACUGUUAUUGCUAUGAGAAAAAGUAGGAGCCGACCAGUGAUCAAAGAAAUGCGAGUUGAUCGACCGUUUCUGUUCUUGGUGUUUGAUAGUACUUCGGGCCUUGUACUUUGCGAGACCGUGGUGAACUCAAUCAAGGAGGCGUGAGGAAGGAGACUGAGGAAGGAGCCAACUGGAUCCUAAAAGCAGCAGCGGCUCAAGCGGGGUCGACAAAGGGGAGAUGUGGAAAUGGGUGUAGUAUAAACAAAAAAAGAGAAGUCUCUGGCUGAAGAGACUUAAACUAUCUGAAUAGAAGAGAUCAAGACAGGACAGGUACAAUUGGAACAAAUUGAAAAAUUAACGAC